AUGAGCAAGGGUGACGAAGACCGCGAAAGACCGGCGCUCGCAACGGCGGCGGGUGGCGGCGACGGCGGUGGCGCCGCGGUGGUAACGCGAGAAGUCUCAGAAGCCACCAAGUUCGGCGACAACAGCGACCACGACAACGACGACGAUGACGAUUCCGGGCCUGUUCUCGCAUGGCCUGCUGGAUCGUCGGCGAGUCAAGGCCGGCGAGGAAGCGGGGUCGGCGGUGGCGGUAGCGCCGGUCGCGGCUCGUUCACAAGCGUGGCCAGCUCGGCGCGAAGCGGCGGCGAAAUGAGCUGUUCUAACGGCCGAGUCCGCCAAGGGGGCAGGGCGAUGAAGUCGUCGGGUGGCGAUAGCCCUUCCCUGGCGACUCGCACGCUGAACAGAGAAGAGCGGAUCAGAACCGUGUUCGGCCAGAAGGCCGUGGAAGCGGCGGCGGCGACUGUGGCGCCCACGUCCGGAAGCGACAGCUCGUCGCAGCUCCUGCUCGCGGCGGCCAACCGGAUCUACGCGCUUCCGGCCCAGGAGCGGUCCCUUCUGGCGGAGCUCGACCGCGCCUCGGACGUUGACGAAGGGGAGGGCGACGGCGGCGGCGGCGGCGGUUUCGUCGACGAUACCGGCGUUGUCGUCGCCGCCAACGUAGACAACACGAAUGAAGGCGUCAUUUCGUCGCCGCAAGGCGGACACGAGGGUGGCGCACCCCCUUCCCCCUCCCUUCAGGGUGACGGAAAUCCCGCGAGAGCGUCUGCAGAGCCGCCGCUCCUCCGGGUGGGCAGCGGGGGAGGGGACGGCGGCGGAACGACCCCGUUCCGGUACCGCCGGCUGAUGGGCUUGUCCCGGCGAGGGUGGCCUUCCUGCGUCAACCCGGCGCGAAGGGAGGAGUGGCUCUGUCCCGUCGAGUUCGAGGCGGUGUUCGCGAUGAGCUUCUCGGAGUUCAGGGCGCUCCCCUCCUGGAAGCGGGUCGCCCUCAAGCGGGAGUUGCUCCUGUUCUAACAGGGUGGCCGGCGUGGCUUCUUCGUUCCUCAGCUGUUUUGUGCCUGGCCUGGCCUGGGAAAGGUUGCCGGUUUCGUUUUGGUCCUCAGCUGUUGUCUGGCCUGGGAAGGGUUGUCGUUUUUUUCUUCUUUUUUUUGGAGGUGUCGCCCGUCCGGCUCAGCUGCUGCGGUAGUACGUUAUAGAUGGUAAUCGCCGGUCCGUGCGUUUGAUUGUUGCCGCAAAAGUUGGGUGAAACAUGACGACGCGGGAUGGGACAGUCGUGUGCCGCGGUUCAAUUGGCGCUGUUUUUUUAGCGUCCAACGAGAAAGGAUUGUCUGGGUGAAGUCUUG